GUUAUUCAGCGACGAAUAGAGGAAUCGGUAAAUUUCUUCACAACUUGGAAUGAAUACAAAACGGGAUUUGGAGAUGUGGAGAGAGACUUCUGGUUUGGAAAUACCAAUAUCAACCGUAUAACCAGCCACGGUAAUUAUGAGCUGAGAAUUGACAUGGAAGGCAACUCAAUUCGCAAAGUUUACGUUCUGUACAAGAACUUCACCAUAGCAUCAGAGAAAGACGACUUCCGGCUGCAUGUGGGUUAUUUCAUUGGGAAUGUCACCAACGAGCUAUCUUACCACGACGGAAUCAAAUUCAGCACAGAGGAUGAGGAUCACGACGAAUCUAAUGAUAACUGCGCGAAACUCCACGAAGGAGGCUGGUGGUAUCGAAACUGCACACGUUCCAAUCUUAACGGCCAUUAUCUGGGAUCGGAGAAAACGACCGGAGCCACGUGGGGAAAACACGCUCUGAAGACAAUAUUGAUGAAGAUCAAACCCAUUGUUACGUCAAAAGCGACCGAGAGCCCUUCUCUAAAACUGUCAGAA